AUGCAACCACAGAGUAUAGCUGUCGGUUUUUGGUACUUUAUAACUACUUCGAUUGUGGGAUUAUCCUGUUUUGCGUUUAAUCUAUACUUUACGCUAAAACUACACGAUUUGUGCUGGCCGAAUGUACAUGCGAUUGACUAUCUUCACAAAGCACUCUUUGUAAUGAAUUUAUCGAUACCAUUACCCAAAUGUGUGGCUGGUGCAUUGAGAAGAUCCAGGGAAAAUUCUGAGGAAAACGGUGUUACAGACAACAAGAUUAGUACGGCUAACAAGUUUGGAGGCAACUCUUAUGGAAAGACGCACAAUAAUGAAGAAGUUAUCAUAGCCAAUAAAGCAGACUCGGUUGGGACGCGCAGGGACGAUGAUGCAGAAAACGUACCCAACAAGAAUAGUUGCCGCGUUUAG